CACUCCAGCGUCUUCUUCCACCUUGCAUAAAUUAGCAAAACCACAGUUGCUGCCGAGCUUUCACUUCGUCUCACCGUUUCUCUACAAAGUUGCGAGGACGCUCCAAAAGAGUGGAAAUCGGCUAUAAAAGCUAGAGCUUUAUCGCUAUUGCUGUUUCAGAGUGUUGAGUUUGCUUUUAGUUGCCUCGAUAUGUCUUCAAAGAUUGGAGAGAAUUCGACCAUUCCAGUUACUUUGAAUGAGAGGAUUCUCUCUUCAAUGUCACGAAGAUCCGUUGCUGCUCAUCCCUGGCAUGACCUAGAGAUUGGACCAGGGGCACCCUUGAUCUGUAACUGUGUCGUAGAGAUUGGCAAGGGGAGUAAAGUGAAAUACGAACUGGACAAGACUAGUGGUCUUAUAAAAGUUGAUCGCGUCCUUUACUCAUCAGUCGUGUAUCCUCACAACUAUGGUUUCAUCCCAAGAACAAUUUGUGAGGAUAGUGACCCAAUGGAUGUCCUCAUACUGAUGCAGGAACCCGUGCUCCCUGGAUGCUUCCUCCGUUGCCGUGCCAUCGGUCUGAUGCCAAUGAUUGAUCAGGGUGAAAAGGAUGACAAGAUUAUCGCAGUGUGUGAGGAUGAUCCUGAAUUCCGCCACUACAAAGACAUCAAGGAGAUACCGCCUCAUAGAUUGGCUGAAAUACGCCGUUUCUUUGAGGACUACAAGAAGAAUGAGAACAAGAAAGUUGAUGUGGAGGACUUCCUGCCUGCAGAGGCUGCAAUUGAGGCUAUCAAAUACUCAAUGGAUCUGUACGCAGCGUACAUUGUUGAGAGCUUGAGGCAGUGAAGCUUUGAUUCUAUCUGCAUGUCUGUGGAACCAAAUCUCAGUUUUCUGCUUUAGUGCUUGUAUGUUGAAUCUGUAAAAUACUUUUCAACAUUCAACUGCCUGUGCAUGAUUUGAACAGCACCACGUCUAUGUAUCUGUAAAAUACUGACUGCAUGUUUUGGGAAAGAAGUGUCAUCAAUUCACUUGAGCUUGAUAUA